GGAAUUUUGAUGGAGGUAAAAAACGAAGUGACUGUUCCUCACCAAGACUUGCUGUGAGGUUAUUCCGAUCCGGACGGAGUGGAUACAAAAUGUCGUUCAUCAUCAUCCAGAUGAAGCCGGAACAGCCUGGAGUUUCAUGCAGGAAAAGUGGUCGGCACAAGCUAACAAGAAAUCUAAAAUAUAUUCCAAGUUCCUGGCUAAUCUUCAAUUUGAGGUAAUUUACCAGUUAAUGAAGCAGAGUAGACUGUUUCGUCAGUGUUACGACAGGUGUGUGUAUGACUUAUGUCUAAAUGGUGUUCCAAUGGAGUUUUAUCCUGGAGAGCUCGUGUGUACGAAAGAGGAAUAUGACCAGCACAUCUUUGUACUUGUCCUGACAGGAGACAUAGAGUUGGUUACAGAUCCACCAAUGGACUGGGAACACAUACUAGGACCAGGCCGUGUAUUCUGUCGCUGCGAUUGGAUGGAGGACAUUGGUCAACUCGAAGCUGUUGGUCAUUGUCUGGUGGUCAAGAUGACCCAUAAUGAUGUGUUCCAGGCCAUCGAUUCCAGCCCAGGCUCCGUCCUUACUUACCCACCUGAGCCUGAGCACAUCCCAUAAAUAUUGUGAUACUGUAAACAAUAGCAAAUAUAAUGCAGAUUCCUGAAACACGACAGGAGCUCUGGAUUCCUUCAUAUACAUGUACUGGAAUGGACAAAAGGGUGUUCUGUGAGAAUUUGAAGUCAGCUAGAUAUGUGACAAGAUGCUCCAGCUAUGUCAACUGGCCUGAUUUCGUGGGGUCAUCCCGAUAUUGGCCAAACUAUUACCUGUCCAACAGUGAAAGAGCUGGAAUCUCAACAUAGUUCAGUUAUCGAUCAGAUUAAAAAAUAAAGUCCCUUUUUACUCAGCGACUCUUUAAAAAUCCUUUCACCCCAAAAGUUUUCAAGGUUUUGAAGGUCUAAAAAUAAACACAGACUGAUCACUGUUAAUUGGUAGCAUUGUAGAUUAUUUCAUUUUCCUGGUAUAUCAGUUAUAUUUUGGAACCGUCUGCCUUUAAAAUCUAUGUAUGUUCAUAAAAUCUAUUUCAAAUCUAUGUAUGAUAAUAA